ACAACAGAGCCUUAGUUUAGAGCCUGCGUUGAUGUUUUAUGGUGCAGGAAUCGGAUAAUAUCAAAAAAGUAUUGAGAGAAGGACGUGGAAUUGGAACCUCGUUCUCCUCAGCCCUCGGAUGAACUGAAUGUAGAGGCUGAUUUGGGGAAGAAAACGCACACAAAGACAGCAGGAGCCGACAGGGAGAGAGGGACCUCCGAGAGGCAGGCUACUCAUUUACGUGCGCACACGUUCGGGACACUGAGAAAGAGCGUGAGCGAGAGAGUCGUAAAUACGGCAAGAAAAUGUCUGUGUAGCCUUAUUCAGAUGCCGAAUUUACUAGGGACUGGGAGUGAUGCUGGUAUUUAUGUAUAGCGUACACCAUCCCGGGAAAUAAUCCCCAUCCACGCAACCAUCUUCCAUUCACUGGAGACUAACACUCGGAACGGGGGUGUUUUGCCUCGGCGAAGCUGCAUGCGCUGUCUGUAGAUCGCUUUUGUUUUCUUCUUUUCGCACGAGAUAUCGAACGAAGGAACACAUUUAUCGCGACCAGAGGACGGCCCGGGGACACCUUCGUUUUCACCAUGUUGACAGGCUAUCGGAUCAUACGGUGGAUGGGACCAUUGCAUAGCCAGCUUCACCUAACGUUCGUGUGUUUAUUGACCAUCCUCUCCGUGCUUGGAGUCCACUCGUCGUACCCACAGAGUGGCGAGUGUGUGUCGGGCAAAGGGAAAGGCUGCGUGGCAGAUCUGUCGGAGAAGAAGAGUGACUUGCGAGUGUGUGACGCGGCGACGUGUCGCUUCGGGGGCACCUGUCGUGACGACGGCUCAGACCUCAACUGUGUGUGUCAGUUUAAGUGCCAUAGUAACUUCAUCCCUGUGUGUGGCUCUAACGGGGACACGUAUCAGAACGAGUGUUUCCUACGCCAGGCUGCCUGCAAGAACCAGCGCUCCAUAUCAGUGGCAUCAGAGGGGCCGUGCUACCCUGCAGAUAGCAGUUCAGGAUCUGGAGAUGGAGAAUACGAAGCGUCUGGAAGCGACUCAGGCAAGAAGGCCACCAAGUGCGGCAACUGCAAGUAUGGAGCCGAAUGCGACGAUGACUCAGAGGACGUUUGGUGCAUGUGCAGUAUCGACUGCAGUGGGCACAAUGAGAACCCGGUGUGUGGGACGGACGGCAACUCCUACACCAACCCGUGCCACGUGCGCGAGGCCUCCUGCAUGAAGCAGGAGCAGAUCGACGUCAAGCACCUGGGGAGGUGUCCAGACAAAGGGAAAAAGGAUGUUCCUCCGGAUGUGUUUGCGGUCGUUAAGGAGAAACCAGACUUGGGCAGCGGACGCACCACCGGCUGGAACGCAGCGCCCUGCUCCGAGGAGGACUCCCACUUCUGUCUGCACGGCCAGUGUGAGAUGAGAUACGGCGUCCCCUCCUGCAGGUGUGAGUCGGGCUACACGGGCGCUCAGUGUGAUGUGCAGGACUUCAACAUCCUGUACGUGGUGCCCAGCGGCCAGAAGCUGCACUACGUGCUCAUCGCCGCCAUCAUCGGCGCCGUGCAGAUCGCCAUCAUCGUGGCCGUCGUCAUGUGCAUCACCAGGAAAUGCCCCAAAAAUAACCGCGGACGUCGGCAAAAGCAAAACCUUGGACACUUUUCUUCAGAUACUUCUUCCAGGAUGAUGUAGCUGUAUUUUUUAUUUUAAUUUUUAUACUUUUUUCGUACCAAGUGGAUUACAUUUUUAACGUAUCAAUUUUAUUUUUCCUGAUUUUUAAACUUGGGAGGAUGACAACAUAUUUUUUUUUUCUUUUUUUAAAAUAUUAUUUUGAAAGAGGCCUUAUUUUUUCUUUACUGGACAUUCCUGUUGUCUGUAUGACACUUUCAACAGGAGCAAGCUAUUGUGGGUUUAGAUAUUAUUUUGGUACUUUUGAAUUCUUUGGUUUUCUUCUGUAGCUCUCGGCACACACACCUUUACCACUGAAACGGAUUUCUCUCUCUCUUGGAAUGUGCUGCUCAUUGGGACCACUCACAAAUGGAUUUCUUGUCUUCAUUUUUUCCCUCACGUCUCUUGCUUUCCUGAUUUUUCUUGUUUCCUUUGCAAAUUGAAUGCAGCUGAACACCAAAUGCAGUUGGACAUGAAUGAAAUGUGAGCCGAUGAUGUUUUAAAAAGAAAAAAAAAAGUUUACAAAAAGUUCUCUCUCUUUUGAAAAAGGAAUUCCAGCAAUGGAACACAAUGUGUUUUUGACAUAGCUAAUCAUUUUUCGAUGUUGGAUCGUUUGUAGUUUUUUUAUGUUCUAAUGUUAUUGGUGUUACUGUUGUUGAUGUUGAAAUGAUCAUUAUUAUUGACAUUAAUUUAAUUCUAGAUGCAUAUCGCAUGCUCUGUGGAACUGUGUCCAGUGCUGUAGACUUGAUAGAAUUAAAUUCUCCGUCCUACGAGUA